CAAUACAUUCAUCUGUGGCCAGAAGAACACGGAGAAAGUCAGCAUGAGUACUACAGGGAAAGUUAUCAGGUGCAGAGCAGCCAUACUCUGGAAGCCUGCUGGACCAUUUUCCAUUGAGAAGGUAGAAGUGGCUCCACCAAAGGCAAAGGAAGUUCACAUAAAGUUCAUCAUGGCCACGGGGCUCUGUGGUACAGAGAUGAAAAUGUUGAAGGAUAAAACCCUUCACCACCAUCAUUAUCCUAUCAUGGUGGGCCAUGAAGGGGCUGGAAUAGUCGAGAGUGUGGGAGAAGGAGUGAGCACAGUGAAAACAGGUAUGAAUUGGCACCUGCAGUUAGGAAAUAGUAGCGACUUAGAACUCACCUCAGGAAAUUAAAAAAGCAUCCCUUAAAUAUGUUAAGAUUAAGUGAAAUAAAAGGUAAAAUGUUGCCCAUUUCUUAGAAAAGGAGGGAUAAUUAUUUAUAAGUUACACAAAAAUAGUAAAUGUAUUCUUUGCAUUUAUAUUUGAUAUUAAUAAGAACAAAAAAUAGAAUGCACUGAAACUGAACCUGAAAGUGCAAACGAGACAAAAAUUUCCCAGAAAAAGGUCAACCAAGGGAAAC